ACAAGCUACGGAGAAGCAUGCCCAACCUGAUCCGAGCUCCCAGCAUGCCCAGUGUUCCCAGUAUUCCAUGUUUGGCUUCCCCUGUCAACCCAUCCUCCCACGGCCCCUCCUCCUUACCAACGAUAUCCUCCCUCCGGAGCAGCCAGAGUUUUGACUCAUCCAGUGGGCUAGCACGACUCCAGUCCUCCAUUCCCUCCCCAGGACAGCUCAGUCAGAGAGUCCAGAGUGUGGGGAACUUCCCGACCACUCCCCGACACCCACUAAAAGCCACAGCCUACGUGAGCCCCACAGUGCAGCAGGGCCCCACCUCCACCUCCCUGUCCAGCUCCGUCAGUCUACACUCCAUCCCCAGCAGUGCUGCGCUGCCUCAGCCCCUCAAACCUAGCAGCAGUUUGGUACCACAGCCCCUAAAGGCCGGUGCCAACCAGCCGGCUGUCACUCGCAGCUCCCUUCCUCGUCCGGCCUCCUUUGUAGGAACAAGUGGAGUUCCACGUGCGAGUAAAAUCACCCAACCCACACGCAGUUUGCUGACUCCUCCAAAGAGCCUGGCUGCCCUGAGUGCCCUGAGGGACGGCAGCUGGAAAGACGGCUGCUACUAAACCCAAAUAAACUGAAGUUCAGCGGGUGCACAGGGUAAUGCUGCAUGGGACCCAACUGAUUGAAAGUGUUGCCGUCAGGAGGGCCUAGUCUUGGGCUGUGACCCAAGAGAGAGUGACUGUUACCGUUUCUAAAGGGCACGACUCUUCAGUGAAGGACAAUGCAGAAACUGAGAACAGCUCGGGUCCAGCAGGCUGGAUCUUUACAUUACUACCUGCUAUAAAACGCAGACUGACACACUAAGAAAAAACCUGGCAAUAUUCUGAAAAUCAGCUGUUAAAUGUGAACUGGAUCUUCUUUGAUAUGUGUUUUUUUGAUUUGUCAUUGUGGAUAGUUAAGGCUUUCAUUCAACAGAAUGAAAAUUUCUCUCCAGAUGAAAGUUUAGAAAUGAAGAUAGGUAACGCUUUUGUACAUGCUUUUAAUGAGUUAAUAUAACUAAUUUUGAUUUUUUUGAUUUUUGUCAGACUGUGGUGUCGGAUAUGAAGUUGAACCUGGAGUUUUGUUACAUCCUGUGCCUGUUAAAAAGUAGUGUAUGUCAUGUUAUAUUUAUUGGCUGGACCUUACAGCACUUUCGAUCACAAUUAUGAUUAACAUGUUAAAGUAAAUUGUUUAAGUGAAGUAUGAAAUUCGUUUAAGUGCACACACACAUUACCUUUUCUUUUCAUUAUUGUUUACAUAAGAGCUGAGGUUUUUAAUGUUAUUUGAUAAACAUAAUCGCUGCAAUGAUAUUGCACAGAGCCCUGAUCC